AUGCGCUUUGAUGUGCCAACGAAUGAAUUGGUAACAAUAACAGAGCAUCGCUUGAUAUUCAUUUGUGGGCCGAAAGGUUUGGUUUUGAGUGAUGUUUUGCAGCAUCACCUUGAGAGGCUCAAUAGCAGCCAACCUCCCAGACUUCCCUGGAGUCCAUGCACGCCAUUGACUGAGGAAAUAUCAAAAACAGGAAAGGGUCUGGGUUUGUUCUCCUUGUACAGAGGUCGCGGACAUUUACCUCUUCAGGGUUGUGGUAGCCGUCCGUCACCACUGUUCGCGACGGACGAGGUGACUGUGGAUCCCGUCACUGGCACUCGUUCAUGCGUGGCAGAUCCCAUGUCCAAAUCACCUAUUGGGUUUGUUUGUGAAGGCAGCAUUGAGCCUGAUGGUUGCAUGAGGUUCCUCAUUGACCAGAAAGGCGAAGUUGUGACUGCUGCUGCACCACGCCGUUACUGGGAUUUCAAUAACUAUAGGCCCUGGGUGAUAGCACGAUAUUUUAAUGACCUAGCAUUACCACCCAUCAAUGGCGAAUGUAGGUGCAUCGAUCCCGAAACAGAGCGGUUAAAGGUCAGGAUAGAGAUCCGUACGAAAACGGAUUAUCUUUGUGACAUUUCCAGCAUGAUCGAACGCAACCGCACAAGUCCUAUCAGUGGCCCUUGGUGUUCCGUGGUUCUUCAUCCAGGCAGCACAUUGACCAUCAGGUUCCCAGCAGAGGAUGUAGUUACAGAGCAUUCCCACGAGAAUUCUCUGCCUUGGAGAUUGCCCCAAAAGCUGCCCGCAGAUGCAUUCAAAGCUGAAUUCCUGCCGAAGGAUUUGAAUACACUGAAACAAAGCAAUGCUUAUAAAGGAUUUGAUAUUUAUGAAGAAGUCUCGUACCACGAAGCGAUUGCUGGCGAUGCCCUCGAAUUGGAUGUUUUACGAAUGUCACAGGGAGAGGUUAUGCUGAAGUAUAACCCGGAUAAACCUCUUGCACUACGUGAAGGAAAAAACUCGUUCUUAUAUCACUGGAGAUUGAAAUCUGAGAACGAGGACGUUCCAGAUAAGGUACGUGCUACCUUAAAAGUGUCCUUUGCGUUUACUCAUAAACACGAGAUCUUUGGUUGCGAUUCGAGGCAAGUGAAGUUAUUCGACAAAGAUAUUAGCCGCCGGUAUUGUUCAACCAAACGGAUGGGAAAUGGUAUAGGUGAUACCUAUGAAUGUCUCUACUAUAACAACGCACACGUAAGUCAGGCUGGCAUUUACUGCAAACCGGACGAGGAAUUGUUGCCAGACAAUUGUGACUCCACAGGAUACGACCUAUACUCAAACCAAAUAAUGCCAUUUCCUGAAUCUGUUCGCAAUGUAACUCUUUACCCCAUUCGAGGAUUCCAGGUGUUCGAAAUGAGGUUCCUAAAGAUCCCUGUCAGUUAUGCUUGUAUCUGUGUUGAUCAACGUGGAUAUGAAACAUCCAGACUUAUUGUAGAGGUCAAUGAUGAGGUACAACAUACGUACAAAGUAAGGUCUAAAGAGAGGUCUCAUAAGUUGCUUCCAUACGUAUCGAUUCCUUGGCGUAAGGUCGGAUUGUUACUAGAAGGGUCCACAUCAACCAGACUUAUUAUGCUGCAGCACAUAUCGAAACAUUCCGUUAGACUACAACUCGGAACAAAGUUAUUAUUGAGAUGUGAAAUUGCUCCUGAGUUGGGAAACGUUGCAAACAGCGCAAAUGUCAUGCUGACAUGGCUACCAAGACAACUUGAUGAAUUUCAUUAUACUGCCGUUCAUGUAUCACUAGGCCGUGAGCUUAUUAGGACAUCACACAAAGACGUAAUGAUUAGCACAAAAGGUGGAUUGGAAGCAGUUUUCCACGAAGACUUGAUAAGAUCUGGAUAUCAAAUAUUAGAGAUUAGAUCGCUUAGGGGCGCUAUCUUGAUCUCCAAAGAUCCAGUUCACACGCAACACGUGCCGAUGAGGUUCGUUUGCGGCAAAGUUCCCGAAACAUCGGAGUUGUCCAUCGUCACCGCUAAUGCGCCAUCUUCAGACGCAUCUGCCCAGCCCAGCACCCGAACUACAGAGUCUUCGCUACGAUACAGUUGGACUAUCGUUAAGGUUCAAGUCGAGACCACGGACCCGUACAUGCAAGGCUGCGGCGUUACGUACUCUUCAGAUGCGUUAUUCAAGCCGGAGACACCCCAACUCUACGAUGCUGACGGCAAACCUCAGUUCGGUUGCAAGAUAGAUCUACAAGAUGCCAGGGAAGCCGCGUUCUACUGCCCAGCACCGUACCUCCUGAACCCACCCAAUUGCUUCAACCAUGUUUACGUCGGCGGUAUGCUGAAGAACAUUCGUGACAUCAGCGAAUCGUUGGUAGCGUCGCGAUCCAACCACUUCGUCAUCCUAAGCUUUGAUGGCUCUCUGGUAGGACCCGGGGAGACGCUGCACCAGACGCCUCCGUUGGAGUGCCGCUGCGUAACCGUCAAGGGAAUCGUUCUCUCCACCAUCCAGAUAGAGAACUACUACUCGAAGUGA